AUGGCGCGUCCUCUCCUCAAUAUCGAUUACCCCUCUGUAGAGGAACGUAUCGCCGACUCGACAGAAUCAUGGAUCAAAGAUCUCAAGUCUCUCUUCGAGAAUGCCAAAGAUAGAUUUGGGGAUGUCUGUUGGGAGAGUGAGGAUCUAUCACUGAAGAAGAUAUGGGGUCAUAAAGCGAUCAUAUACUCUCGUGCUCCAAAAGCAUUCAAAGAACGUUAUUUCAAAAUAAGAUCGAACAGUAAUGAGACCAACUCCAGAUUGCUAUCACCAGCUUUACUGCCAACCAGAAGUACCUCUCGACCCACUUCACCAUCAUCCAAUUAUUUCUUACAACCUCACUCAUGCAACCCAUCUUCCUCGCAAUUAUCAUUGCUCACUAACAAUAGUGAAGGAACACUCAGACCAGGUGGUGAAGAUGUUCUGCAGCUCCAGAGCGAAGAGAUACCGGAGUUGUUCCUCACUCAACUCGAAUGGCUAUACACCGGUGAAGGUCUGGGUGAUGUAGUCCAUUGGAUUGAUACCGAGCCCGAGUCCAACAACUCUUCUUCCAAACCUCUCCGUCCAUCUUCUUCCACCAAUGGUGAUCUGAAAGAACGUCGCGAGAGACUAGGUCAAGAUCUAACCUACAUGUGGAGAAGCAAGCUCUAUGCGGAUGUUCGUAUUCAUCUCGACCAUUCUAUCUCUUCUCCCAGCGGCGGUGACAAUACAGAUGAUUCAGAUGGAUCUUCAGUAGAUUCACUCUCUUCUACAGCUGUAUUCACAUCUCAUAAAUUCAUCUUAUCUUCCAGAUCACCUUAUUUCGCUUCUGCUUUAUUCAAUCAUUCAUCGUUCCUCCCAUCUACCACCACCACUGGCGAUAUUCAUCUACCUACUCCUCCUUUCACACCGGCAUCACUUCAUUUCUGUCUGGGAUACAUCUACGCUGGCCAUUUAGAUUUCUCCAAUAGGACUUUCGACCUUACUACCUCAUUUGCAAUCCACAGAGCAGCGGCUUACCUCCAAUUAGACUCGCUUGUGGCCGAGAUUGAAAGUAGGAUCGUACAUAAUUUCGCCCACGGACUAGAUUGGGAUACAUGUAGAUGCAAGAAAUGUUUGGUCAGAAUACCGAGGAUAUGGAAAUUCGCCAUGUCACCGGACGUAGCUGCCAUCACAUUAGAACAUCGAGCUAAAAUAUAUCUGACUAGAAGUUGGACAGAAAGUUGGUCUAGUAGUAAAGAGAUUGGUCUAUGUGAUUCCUCGGAAAGAGAUAGAUUGACGAAAAGCGUACAAGAAAAUAUACAUCCUCAUAAUUUGAUUUCAACUUUUCAAGCUAUAAACAAUAUAAGGAAUAAAUUGAAUAAUGCGCUGAGAACGAGAAUCGGUGGAAAGCUGGAUUGGAUAUCGAAUGUGGAGGAAAUGGUAAAUCAAGUGGAAAUCAUAGCUUCAAGAUUACUAAUAGAUCAUUUCUCAGCGGUGGUGGAUGGUAGGGAAUUUGGAGGAUUGGUUAAUGAUACUUCGUUUAACCUCGAUACGCUGGAAUAUGUAUUGGACAAGGUGACAGAGCAAGUUGGAUCCGGAGAAGGAUAUAGGGAAGCUCCACUAAUCUAUCAAAGCCUCGUCACAUUCUCAACAUUCAAGAGCGAGAAUGGUAACUCCCUUCAACCCCGUAACGCACCUGGCUCGAGAAGUCAAGUUAUAAUCAACAAUGCUAGAAGCAAAAUCCUGUCUCAUAUAAAUCGACGGUGGAUGCAGAUUAGGGAGGUGGAUGGGUUUAGGAAUAUCGAACCGGCAAUACUCAGAGAGCUCAGCGAUGAGAUAGACGUCCCCCUCCAUGAUCUAAUAGGCAAUAUCAACCUCCCCUUCCCUCCUCGUGCUAACGGAGUCGGCAACACGACCAAAACUACUUCAAGUCGAUCUAAAGCUAGUACCGCCGCAGCCGAUCGAUUCACCUCGCAAACUCUACCUCAACUCCAGCCCCAUACCAACGGAUUGAAGAGACUCCGACUACAUAGCUCGGUCUCGACUUCAUCUUCUACUGGAAGUCUCAGUCGAGCAUCCAGGUUUAGUCUAGACAAUAGGCCGGAAAGAUCUAGUCCUAGCAUAUCAUCUACACGGACGAUCAAUCAAAAUGCCUCAACUACCUCGCUAAGCUCACAACGCAGACCCAUCGCAAGUCGAAAAGUUGGUGAACCAGCGACGACAUCGACAACAUCAAGAUUGGCAAAUCCUCCACCACCUUUGACUGACUCCCAUUCGACGAAUACCAAUCCACCUACCACCGCCGGAGGUAAUCAUCCCGCUCCUCUCACACCGAAGAUCACAUCUCCCAGAUCGGUAGCUUCAUCCAAGAGAUCAGCGGUCACUAGUAUCGGUUAUAAACCUUCACCAUCUAUAUCAAGUUUGAGAAAGGAAUCUCCCAGCACAUCCUCGCUUUCUCCAUUACCUACUAAAUCAUCUACCUCCACGAUGGUCAGACCUAGGAUAUCUAAUAUAUCGCCUAGGACUCGUGUGGAUUCUCAGCCUACUAAAACAUCAGGGGUGGAUCGUGAUACACGCGCUGUCCGUCCAACACAACUGAAACCGAAGACGAAUGCUCCCUCACUCAAUAACGAACCUCCACUUGCUUCCCCUACUCCCCAGGCUAGGUCCACAGGCAAGCCAUGGACUGGGCCUGGUGUCGUGUUGAACAUAGGUAUACCAUGUAUCGUGUCUCACCUGCAUCCGAAUGGGAGAUCGAGGUUGAGGUUUCAGGCCUGUAUAAGGUAUAUAGGACAUAUGGACAAGUCUAAAGGCCCAUGGAUCGGUAUUGAAGGAAAUGAUAUCUCCAAAUUGGGUAUCAAAACUUUAAAAGAUGGUAGUCAAGAUGGUAUCAGUUAUUUUACUAUAUCAGAACCUAAAAUGGAUGAAAAUGAGAGAUCAAGCUCAAGAUCUAAAAUUGGAAAUACGACGAUGUCAACUUUGAGAACUAGGAAGACUUCUUCGCUGAUCGAUCAUCGACAUCCGAGAUUUUUACAAGGUAAAGACAAAGCGAAAACCUCGGGUAGAGAUCAGUCGAUGGAAGUGUUGUUUGUUAGACCUGCUGAAGUUGUAUUUAUCAUGACUUCGGAUCAAACAUGA